AUGGAAGAUGAUCAUAAACAAAGCCAAGAAACAACGAGGGUUUUCUCUUGUCUCUUCUGUUCAAGAAAGUUUCACAGUUCUCAGGCCCUGGGAGGCCAUCAAAACGCUCACAAGAAGGAAAGAAUCGUUGCAAGGAAGGCUAAACGAGCAUUCGAAAAUGAACCGAAUAACAGUUUCUCAUCGUCUUCUCCGGCCUUCUAUGAUGCACCCCCUACGAGCCACCACCAUCUAGGCCUGUUACACUCUCCGAUGUACAUAGCAGCUCACGCUGCUAACUUCCGGUAUUUCGCGGAUGGAUUCGGAUCGAACGGUGCUGCUACCGGGUUCCACGGCAAUGGAAAUCAUCAUAUUCGACUAGAGGAAGACGAGCGGGAGUACUUGAAUUGGCAGAGGAGCAUACGGGGCAAUGGAGGAUUGGCUCAUCAGGGUGACGAUCAGUCCAUUGGAAUGGGUGAAUACAAGGGCAAAUAUCAAAAGCUUGAUCUAUCUCUUCAUUUAUGA